AUGCUGGAGCUGUUCUCCAACAGGCUGGACGUCCUGCACAGCCACCAGGCCUCCACACUGCAGGAGCUGCAAAUGGCCAGACAGGAAGUUGGGAAAGUCCAAGAAUUGUUGAUGGUAUCAUCACAGGAGCAGCGGGAGGAAGCAGAGGAAGGUGAAAGCUCAGAGAACAAAGGACAACAACAGAUUGUGGAUUGCAGUGAGUCAGAUCUGCCACUGGAGGGGGCUAAAGCCCGUCUAGAGGAGCUGAGGGAGAGUUUGUACCAGAGGGAGAGAGAGAUCACUGAGCUGCUGGAGGCAGAGAAGAGCCAUGUCCCUCCUGUUCCUCCGCCACCCUGCAGUCUUCUGCUUCCCACUGUCAUACACAAGGCGCAUGCAAUCUGCAGUGCAGUGACUGAGACCAGAGCUCUGUUGGACCGGAUGAUUGAGGAGAAUCAGGCUGCUCUGGUUGAAGCCAGACACAAACUGAACCGUCUACAAGCGGCCAAAGAAGACAAUUGUGACACAGUCUCAGAACUGGACGACAUCUUGGGACGAGGGACAACCCGAACCACAGAGGGAGUGAAGAGCGUCAGUCAGCAGCUCCUCUUACUGCAGGAUCAGCUCAAGCAAAUUAAAGAAGAGAAAAAGAAAAUAAUUGAGAACUACACUUCAGAAAGAACAAUGAGGAAGAAGUACUACAAUAUGGUGGAAGAUAUGAAAGGUAAAAUCCGAGUGUUUUGUCGGAUUCGACCAGUGAGCAGAACCGAGGAUACGCAGGGUGAGGCCGUUGUUGUGGAUAAAAUAGACGAUUACUCUGUCACCGUGGAAACCCCUCGUGGGCCGAGGGAGUUUCAGUUUGACAAGGUGUUCAGUGCUGAAGUGUCUCAGGAAGACUUGUUUCAUGACACCUACAGACUCAUCCAGUCGGCUAUUGAUGGUUACAACGUCUGUAUCUUUGCGUACGGCCAGACGGGCUCAGGGAAGACCUUCACCAUGGUGGGGGACAAGGAGCAGAAGAAUCCCGGGAUCAUACCAAGAUCUUUUAAUGCCAUAUUUGAUAUCAUACGGGAGAACAGUACCAAAUUCGACUUCAAGGUUUCGGCCUAUAUGCUGGAGCUGUACAAUGACAAGCUGCAGGACCUCUUUGUGAGCCUGGCUGGUGAGGCCCAUGCACAGCCCCAGUCCCAUGGGCAGGCCAGGCGGGUGGAGAUCAAGAGGAACAGAAAGGGAGUUGUGUUCGCCCAAGGAGCAGAGACAAAGGAGGCUUCCAGUGCCCAGGAGCUCUACGCUCUGUUCCAGCAGGCCUGCGCCAACCGACACAUCUCUGCCACCAAGAUGAAUGUGGAGAGUUCCCGUUCCCAUCUCAUUGUUGGAAUCAUGGUGGAGAGCAGGAACCAGACCAAUGGGAGCGUGAUCACCGGGAAGCUGAGCCUCGUGGACCUGGCUGGCAGUGAGAGAGCAGCCAAGACUGGCGCCAAGGACCACCAGCUGAAGGAAGCUAACUCCAUCAACAAGUCUCUGAGUGCCCUGGGUGAUGUGAUCUCCGCCUUGUCUGCUGAACUGCCCCAUGUACCAUAUAGGAACAGCAAGCUGACACAGGUGAUGCAGGACUCCCUGGGUGGCAAUGCCAAAACCCUCAUGAUCGUCAACAUUUCUCCUUCAGAGUGCAACCUUGAUGAGACUCUCACAUCUCUCAUUUACGCAACAAGAGUGAAGGCCAUAACCAACAAUGCUCAGAGGAAUGUGGAAAGCAAAGAGAUUGCCCAGCUCAAAGAGGUGAUCAUGAAGCUGAGGUCAGGACAGACAGUGGAAGAGGAGGAUGUUUGA